AUGCGGGAGCUCACGCGGCAGAUCACGGUGCUCUGCCCGGAGCGCGGGCUGCUGUUAAACGAGCUGUGUGAGCGGAUGGCGCACUCAACGGAGAUGUACAAAGUGCUCUACGAAAGCGCCUGCCAGUACGCGGUGCGAAAGGCCACCGAGCGCGACCUGCAAAGCCACCUCUACGUCGAGAAGAAGGCCCUCGAGGGCGAGGUGCGGCGGGUGGAGAAUCGGGUGAACGAGCUGCAGGCGAAGUACGAUGGCAUGGUGAAGCGUUUCCAGGAGCAGAUGGACUCCGCCCGGCACGCGCACGAGGUCGAUAUCGAGUACGUGAAGAAGUCGAAUCAGCAAAUCAUCACGGAGAUCAAACGCCUGGCUUCGAUGGAAAGCGCCUCGAAAUGA